GCUCAUGGACGCCUUCAGCACCAAAAGCCUGGCCCUGCAAGCCCAGAAGAAGCUGGUGAGCAAGAUGGCAUCCAAAGCGGUGGUGGCCGUGCUCAUCGACGACACCAGCAGCGAAGUGCUGGACGAGCUCUACCGCGCCACCAAGGAGUUCACGCGGAGCCGCAAGGAGGCCCAGAAGGUGGUCAAGAACCUGGUCAAGGUGGUGCUGAAGCUGGGCGUCCUGCUCCGCGGCGGCCAGCUGGGCAGCGAGGAGCUGGCGCUGUUGCAGCGUCUGCGCCGGCGGGCCCGCAGCCUGGCCAUGACGGCCGUCAGCUUCCACCAGGUGGACUUCACCUUCGACCGGCGCGUGCUGGCCGCUGCGCUGCUCGAGUGCCGGGACCUGCUGCACCAGGCCGUGGGCCCCCACCUGACCGCCAAGUCCCACGGCCGCAUCAACCACGUCUUCAGCCACUUUGCCGACUGUGACUUCCUGGCGACACUCUACGGCCCGGCCGAGCCUUACCGUUCCCACCUGUGCCGCAUCUGCGAGGGCCUCAGCAAGAUGCUGGACGAGGGCAGCAUCUGAGCCCUCGGGGCGGGCACUCCUGCGGGGGCUCUCGCUCCGCUUCCUUCUGCUGGGGGCUUCCUCCCAAUCUGACUCUGGCCAGCAGACCCCCCUGCACUUGAGAGGACACUAAGUGGUCUGCUGUCAUUCAUUGCCAUCAGGAUGGGGCCUGACUCACG